AUGCUGGAUAUGCCAGAGAGGGAAAUGGAGACCACAUGGGAGGGCAAGGGCGGCACUCUUACUGCUUCAGUAAGGACACAAACAAAGCAUCAUCAAAAAUGCAUACGCGCCUGUGUCACCCUUCAGGUGCGUCACUGCGGUCAGGAUGUGCCUUUGCAGCUCAACAGGACGGAUGCCCCCAUCAUUCUGCACAUUCCCGUGCCCGAGACCGACAGCGACGAUCCUCACGGCCUCUUCGGUGAUGAAUACGGGAUUGUCCAGAUCGACGGCAAGCUGAAGGCGAUGAACAGGACAGAAGCAGUGAGGCACGGUCGUCACUUCAUUGUGAGGAGACAGCUGACGUGUGGAUACUUUGACUAUAUGACGCAGCAGUGGAGCACAGAAGGUACGUAAGUGGCAAUUUUCACAUCAGCCUUUCAGCUUCUGGAGUUCUCUCUCUCUCUCUCUCUCUCGCCCUGUUAGGCUGUUAUCACAACACAACGCUCACGACCGAUGAGACGAUCGUGUGCCACUGCUUCCACCUUUCGGAGUUUGGGGUGAUAUUCAGGCAAGCCAUCGACUGUAUGCUAUUGAUGCCACAAUGCGAUAGACGGACUCGUGUCUUUGUCUCUUUAGGUCGGGAGUGCAAGUUGAAGCAGCUUUGAAUGAUGUCGGUUCAGCCCUUGCAAACAGCAGAUUGGGCAAAGCGAUCCGCGACAGCAGUUUCUCGUCGGUCAUCGCAGAAUCGCAGCAGUCACUCCAGCGGCUGACGAAUACGACAGCAUGGGGGAAUAACGUGGCCGCCCGCUUCGUUGCCGCAGAAAUCGGGUUUGUCUUGGUUCUCCUCAUCCUUGCAGCCUGGUGGGACCGCAGAUACAAGUAGGCACAGAGUGAACAGCAUGUGACCGGCCACGAGUGCAGUGUGUGCCCAUUUAUCCCCUCGUAGGGUGUCAGAAACGGAUCUGUUCGACACCUGGAUGACCGACCCCUUGUUAGACAGUCGAUACCAGUCAUACAAGUGGAUGCUGCAGCAGCGGAAGCGAUGGCUUGGUUGGUUCCAUCGGUGCUGCGGCGGCCAACCCUGCCGGGAGCUCCAACGGCUGUGCAAUCGCCUGUCUGGUCGGCAACCCACCAUUCAUGUGACGGAGCUAAAAGCAAUCAGGUCAGUGACGGACUGAGGGCAACCACGCCAGAUGAGUGAUGUGUCUCUGUUCACGUGUCUGCAGGCGUAUACGAGAGCAGGUCAUUUUAAGCUUAAGGAAAGGGGACGACUUGCACGUCAUUCGCGGCAGUCCUGAAGCGGCCGUCUUUGAGGCCCUUGCCGCUUCGCCAGCGUACAGCCAUUGA